CGGUAAAGCACUGCAUGUCUUCCCCAAUAUCUUACUUCAUCUAAUAAAGGCAGGAUGCUUCCUAUGUCGUCACUAUACUUACUUCUGGUCGUCUUACUCUUGAGCUUCCUCCACACGCAAUGUCUUCGGCUCCUCCAACAACCCAGGACAUUCUUGGCGCCCUCUACGUUGGCGCUAUCAUAGCCGCCGUUUUAUUCGGUAUAACAAAUCUACAAGUGGUCAUAUAUUACAAGGAUUACCCAAAUGACUGGUGGCUCUAUCGAUAUUCUGUGGUACUGCUUUGGGUCCUAGAUCUUCUUCAUGUCGCUUUAAGCAGCCAUGCGCUGUACUUCUAUCUGAUUAAUAUAUAUGGCGAUUUCGCCGCUGUGAUGGAAAAUAAUACGUGGAGCAUGAAGCUGCAAUUGGCCGUAAAUGUGGGAAUCGUCGUCUACGUCCAAGGGUUAUAUGCCAUUCGAUUGUGGAAACUUGGGCGGCUUUUCCAUAAAUUUCUUCCAUGGUUCGUGUUUCUCACUGUGGCAGCGUCGCUUGGUGCUGGAAUAUUCAUGACCUACGACAGUUUUAUCACUCCGGGCUUUGCCUUCAUUUCGAACAUCAGGAGAUCGAUAUACACCAUCUUCUCCACGAUCGCUGCGACGGAUUUCAUCAUAGCCCUGAUGAUGUGUUAUUACCUACACAAGAGCAGGGAGGGUACGAAGUUCACUUCAACGGCAGGUGUGCUUCUCCGUCUUAUGCGGCUCGUUCUUGUUUCGGGGUUGGCUACGAGGUCAGGGUACGUCUAUUCUGUGUUGUUCGAUGUUGAUGAGAUUGGUAGUGCAUGCUCGCUGUCUGCUCUUAUCGCGUACAUCGCUUGGCCGAAAACUCUGAUUUUCCUUGGGAUAGACUUCGCCUUGCCUAAACUCUAUGUCAACUCGCUGCUUGCUAUGUUUAAUCACCGCCGUAAACAUGUGUCGAACAAGGCGGUGGGAGUCAGACAACCGAUUUCUACCGAUCUCAGGAUCGCGCCGCAUAGUUCUGAUGGUAAUCCCGAAGAAAUGAAUAUGGGGAUUGCGCUCUCGGAGAUCCGGGAUUCGCCUUUGUUUGAUGACCAUUUUAAAGGGACUCUCGAUUGCGAAGUUCAAGUGUGAUUUUGUUUGUAAAAUUAUUGAAUUAGAGAUGAGGCCUGAGGUUCCAAGCUCUGGCGACUCUGCAGCCUCACAUUUGUGGAUAUGAUCCUUUCACGUUGGGGAUGGGUUUUCCUGCGUAACGUUUCGA